UACGGAACAAUAUUCGAAUAUGUGCAUGAGUAUAUCACGUGUUUGUGCGACCUAAUACAACCCAUGCUAUAGCAAGAAACAAGGAUAAAGCCGCAGUAUUUGUGUAUGCACCGUUCGAACGUACGGUCGAACAAAUGCCGGACAUUAAAAUAACACCGCUAGGCGCCGGUCAGGAUGUGGGCCGAAGCUGUAUCCUACUCUCGAUGGGCGGCAAAAACAUCAUGCUCGAUUGCGGCAUGCACAUGGGAUACAACGACGAGCGACGAUUUCCCGACUUUAGCUUCAUCAUUCCCGAGGGUCCCAUUACAAACCACAUCGAUUGUGUGAUCAUAUCGCACUUCCAUCUCGAUCAUUGCGGCGCCCUACCGUACAUGACAGAGAUGGUCGGCUACACGGGCCCGAUCUACAUGACGCACCCAACGAAAGCGAUCGCUCCGAUCCUGCUGGAGGACAUGCGCAAAGUGGCCGUCGAGCGUAAAGGCGAAAGCAACUUCUUCACACCGCAGAUGAUCAAGGAUUGCAUGAAGAAGGUGAUCGCUGUGACGCUGCACCAGAGCGUCAUGGUUGACAGCGAGCUGGAGAUAAAGGCGUACUACGCGGGGCAUGUGCUCGGGGCGGCCAUGUUUUGGAUUCGUGUCGGAUCGCAAUCGGUGGUGUACACCGGUGACUACAACAUGACGCCCGAUCGCCAUCUGGGUGCUGCGUGGAUCGAUAAAUGUAAGCCCGAUCUGCUCAUCACAGAAAGCACCUACGCGACGACUAUCCGCGAUUCGAAGCGCUGCCGGGAGCGCGAUUUCCUGAAAAAAGUGCACGAAUGCGUCGCCAAGGGUGGCAAGGUACUGAUACCCGUAUUUGCGCUCGGUCGCGCCCAAGAACUGUGCAUCCUGCUCGAGACGUACUGGGAGCGGAUGAAUUUGAAGUACCCCGUGUACUUUGCGGUGGGCCUGACGGAGAAGGCUAACAAUUACUACAAAAUGUUCAUCACCUGGACGAACCAGAAGAUUCGCAAGACGUUCGUGCAGCGCAACAUGUUCGACUUUAAGCACAUCAAACCAUUCGACAAGGGUUACAUCGACAAUCCGGGCGCGAUGGUGGUGUUUGCGACACCCGGCAUGCUGCACGCGGGGCUGUCGCUGCAAAUCUUCAAAAAGUGGGCCCCGAACGAAAACAACAUGGUCAUCAUGCCCGGCUACUGUGUGCAGGGUACGGUCGGGCACAAGAUUCUUGGUGGCGCGAAAAAGGUAGAAUUCGAGAACCGCCAGGUGGUGGACGUGAAGAUGUCCGUCGAGUACAUGAGCUUCAGUGCGCACGCGGACGCCAAGGGUAUAAUGCAGUUGAUUCAAUUUUGCGAACCCCGCAACGUGAUGCUCGUGCACGGCGAAGCGGUGAAGAUGGAAUUCUUAAAGGAUAAAAUACGCGAGGAAUUCAAAAUCGAAUGCUACACGCCGGCGAACGGUGAAACGUGCACGAUUAGCACACCGGUUAAGAUUCCGGUCGAGACGUCGCUGUCGAUUCUGAAGGAUGAAGUAAAGAAGUACAACGCCCAACCGCCCGAUCCUAAGCGGCGCCGCAUUAUACACGGCAUCCUGGUGAUGAAGGACAACAAAAUUUCCCUCAUGAGCAUCGACGAGAUCUUCAACGAGGCCGGCAUCGAUCGGCACGUGAUACGGUUUAUCUCCAAAAUAAAACUGGAUGAUCCCGGUCCGCCGAUGCGCACGAUCGAAAAGCUGUACAACAUGUUGAACGAGCGGCUCUCCGGUUGGACGGUAACGAUGAACGAAAACAAUUCCAUCAACGUUGAGUCGGUGAACAUAAAAAUCGAAACCGAGGAGCCACCGGGUGUCUGUGGCUCACAGGGCCAGUCGAGCGUUUCCGCUGGGCACAAGAUCUGCAACGUUAGCUGGGUGAACCAGGACGAAGACCUGGGAAGCUACAUCCUUGGGUUGUUGCAAAGCUUAUAAUGCAAACGUGGGGCUGCUGU